GCGCGUGGUUGGUUUAUUUUAGCGGCACGGAAUUUACCAUAAUAGUAAGCAAUUUAUCAAAAAUUGUGUUUAUACAUUUAAGCAAAGUUACAGAGUGUGUGUUUAAACGAAAUCGAGAAAUUGGCGCGCUCCGCAUCGAGCUAGUGUAGAAACGCUUGCCUCGUGGGCCGCUCUCUGAGUAUGUCGAAUCCGAACGACAAUGAAAAUGCUGCGGCGCGGGAAGAGGAUGAUGUUGAGUUGCCGAACCUAAAUGAUACAGAAUUGGACAAUGCUGUGUUUGCUGCUGCCUACCAGAGUGACGACAGUAUCGCGGAUGCAUUGGACAACGCAGGCGAUGCCGAACAGGAAGCAGAUGCCGAUGCACAAAGCGAAGACAAUGAUGAAGAUGCAGAUGCUGAGGCUGAAGGUGACGGCGAAGGUGACGGCGAAGGUGAAGGCGAAGGUGAGGGUGAUGGAAACGCUGAUGGCGAUGCCGAUGGUGAUGGCGAGGCUGCCGCAGAGGAUGAAGAUGAUGACAAUGCUGAUGACGCGGGCGACGCUGAUAAUGCCAAUGCUGAAGAUGAUCCGGCUGCUGAUAGGCGUUCGGCCACCAAAAAGGAGCUCACCCAAAUCAUAGAUAAAUGGGAGCAGGAGCAAACCCAGAGUGGCUAUGAUCCAGUGCCCACGCUAAGAAGUCUGGCUGAGAUAUUUGAACGAGAAAAGGAUGCAUAUAUGCGCAAGGAUCCCGAUCCGCUGGACUUAAGGCAUCCCUAUAGAACCGAUCCCAGCUGCCAGUAUGGACUAUUGCUCAAGCUGCUGUUUCGCAAGGAUCAGUUCAUGGGCAAGUUGCUCAAUGAAUAUCUGCGGGAGAACUACUUUAGUCGGCAGAGUGUAAGUCGCAGCUCACUGGAGCUGAACAUCAUUGCCUGUCGAUUGAUACUCGUGGUAAUGCCGGGCCUGGAGACAACGGCGGUAUUUCAGACCGCUGAGGAAGACGGCAUCAUCAAUCGACUCUACAACUGGGCAGAGGAUAGCAUUGAACCGUUGCAGAGCUAUGCAACAGGUCUCUUAGCUGCUGCGAUGGAGGUUAGCGAUAUUGCCAUCAGUUGUCGGGAUCAAAAUCUGCGUCUGGUGCCCAAGAUGAUCAAUCGCUUACACUUGUUACUCGCCUGCAGUUGUAUGAGCAAAAACUCGACAACUGAAGCGACUACCUCACACAAUAACUCCGCGGACAGCACAUUUUCCCAGGGAAUGCUCAGCUGGAUGGCUUGUGGCGCUGCCUCCGCCCCACAAUCCCCGCAGCAUAAUGGCGCCAGCGGCAGUGCGUCCAACAUGUCCAUUCUGUUUGAGAACAGCCGAGAUGCGUUUCCCGUGUCGCGGUAUUACAAGCGCAUGUAUAUACCACUGCAUCCGCCCACAGCGGACACCAGCCAGAUGCUCAUCAUGCGCUUCCUGACCAGCCUGGGCGAGUACCAGGAAUUCCUUGGCAUGGCCUUUGCCAACAAUGUAAUGAUGCUUAUCUUUGGUCAUCUGGAGGAGCUCGACAGACGAGACACAUGCCUGGCCUACGAAGUGCUCAAGUAUCUGGCAUCCUUGCUCUGUCACAAGAAGUUUGCAUUGGAAUUCAUUUCAACUGGAGGACUGGAGCUCUUGUUGAACGUUCCACGGCCAAGUCUGGCUACGACAGGAGUAUCAAUUGCCAUUUACUAUUUGGCCUACUGUGAGGAUGCCAUGGAGCGCAUUUGCAGCAUGCCGCGUCCGUUGAUUUCAAAUCUGGUUCGCUAUGCGCUAUGGAUACUAGGACGAUGUCAUGACUCUUCCAAAUGCCAUGCCACCAUGUUCUUCAGCUUGAGCUUUCAGUUUAAGGUCAUACUAGAUGAGUUUGAUGCUCAGGAUGGUCUGCGAAAGCUCUACAAUGUUAUUUCGGUGCUAAAAAUACUGGAUCCCAGUCAUAAUGACAGCGACAACGCAUCAGAUAUUAACGAGGAUGUGGAGUGCGCCUCCCGCCAAAUGGUUCGCCAUGUGUGCGUUGCUCUCAAGCGUUAUAUGGAGGCACAUUUCUUCUACAAGUACAACAACUUUUUAUGCCAACACUACGCUACCUCCUCCUCCUCAUCGCACUACUUCAGCCAGCAUCCGACGGUGGCAGCCAAGCUCACCUUUGAUCAGUUGCAUGAACAGAUUCGUACGCUCCAAGAGCAUACGUCAGUGCGUGCACACUGGGAACCCGUGGAUCAGCUGCUGAAACUGGGUGGCAUUACGAUGUUGUUGCGUAUCAUUGCCUUCAGCUAUGAGUGGGUGAAUAGUGGACGCUCGGAGACAGUGCGAUCAGCUCUGGAUGUGCUCAGCGUAUGCUGUGUAAUACCACGUGUUUAUCUGGUGCUCUGCGAGCGUCUGCAGAUGCUGGACAAAACGACAACAUCGGGCAUCUGUUCGGUACUCGGAGCUGCUGCCGGUGAGAUCACAGCCGAUGCGGAGGUGUUGAAAUCCGCACUGGCCGUGCUCUGUCAUUGUGUCUGCUCGCCCAUUAUACGCAAGGACAGCGGCACCAGCCUCAUGAAGUUCACCAACUCCUCGAGGAAGAACAAAGCGAAUCAGAAAUAUGCUGAGGAACUUAUCGAGAAGGUGUGGGAAUCCGUGUGCUCCAACAAUGGCAUUGUGGUGCUGCUGUCACUGAUGCAAACCAAGGGACCCAUCACGGAUGCCGACUGCAUCCGAGGCAUGGCCUGUCGGGCCUUAGCCGGCUUGUCUCGAUCUGAUCGUGUGCGUCAAAUUGUUGGCAAGCUGCCCUUGUUUGCCAGCGGACAGCUGCAGGCACUCAUGCGGGAUCCCAUAUUGCAGGAGAAGCGUGCCGAGCAUGUCAUCUUCCAGAAGUAUGCCCUGGAGCUGCUCGAGCGCAUUUCGGGCAAGACGAAUCCCCUCAACAAUCCGCUGGAUCCCUCGUUGACCAACAUGCACAAGGCGAAUGUCAUUGCCCAGACGCGCAUUCAAUACAACGAACAGCAAUUGUAUCAGCUCAUCUUUGAGCAUCUGGAGAGCAAGGGUCUGGGACAAACCGCCCAGAUGCUGCAACGUGAGGUGGGAUUACCCUUGCAGACGACGACGAUCCGCAACUUUCAUCAGUCACCCUUUGACUAUAAGGGCUUCUCCGGCGUCAGCUCAAUAACACGCAGUCGUCUGCGAAGUCGAAUGCAGGACGUCAAUGCAGCCAUCAUGUCUAGCGGAGAUCAAGGCCGCAGUCAGGCAGAUGAUUCAUCGCCACACUGCAGCACCAGCGGAAGUGCCUUCAGUUCAUCCAUGAGCGCAACUUCAAGUGCUCCAGGUGUGCCCAAUUUUAGCCACAUCAGCGCACAGACACCCAUUAAAUUGCGCAAGACAGAACGUGCCACAUCCUCGCUCAAUCGUUCGCUGCAGAAGCAAAUCAGUUUGGGCACCGCAGAGUCUAGUGCAGUGGGAUUACCUGACGAGUUGGCCAACUCGCCACCAUUGUAUCCCAAGCGUGUCACACUCAACAGCAUUGUGACGGAGUAUCUGACGAAUCAGCAUUCGUUGUGCAACAAUCCGGUGACGACAUGUCCACAGUUCGAUCUUUAUGAGCCGCACAAAUGUCCAGAUCCACGUCCAAGCCGUCUGCUCAGCUCCAACUACAAUCUGACCUCCAGACACUUUCGCACCCAAGCAGGAUUCAAUACCGCCCACUUUGAUCGCCGUCAUGUGCACACACACUUUGCACCCUGGCGAACAAUACGUUCCGCGGACUACGAUGAACUGGAGUUCACAUGCUGUGACGUUGUGGGCAACUACCUGAUCGUUGGCACCCACCAGGGCGAGAGCAAGGUGUUCAACAUGAACGAUGGCGUCGAACAAUGCGCCUCCAUAUGCCACACAUACGGCGUGGAUGCGAUUCAGGCGAAUCGUGCCGGAGAUCUGGUGCUGACCACGAGUCUAUGGCGCUUGCAGACCACAAUUCUCUGGUCCAUCACCGACAAUGAGUUCCGCUCCAAGUUGCGUCUGCCCGAGGUUGGUUACUGCGAGUUCAGCCAGACGACGCAGGAUCGAUUGCUUGGCACACACAGCGAUAGUGCGGUUCUGUAUGACAUCAAUACGGGUUCCAAGAUCUCCACCUUUACCCCCACCAUACCCAAUCAGUACACCAAGAACCGUGCCACACUCUGUCGCACAGACGAACUGCUCUUGUCAGAUGGCGUGCUUUGGGAUGUGCGAUCUGGCAAAGAGAUUCACAAGUUUGACAAGUUCAAUCAGUGCAUAUCGGGUGUGUUUCAUCCCAACUGUCUAGAGAUCAUAGCCAACACGGAAGUAUGGGAUUUACGCACGUUUCAUCUGUUGCAAACUGUGCCGGUCUUGGAUCAGAGGAACUGCACCUUCUCGCCCAUGCAUGUGAUAUAUGGCGCCAGUUUGGGGGCCGAUAGGGACCACGAUGUGGAGACGACUACCUACGAUACCAGCUUUAAUGUAUUGGAUGCAUACGAUUACUCGAGCAUUGCCACAAUUGAUGUGAAGCGGAACAUCAACGAUCUGAGUGUCAGUGCCAAUGGCAGCCUGAUUGCCGUUGUGGAGGAUCAUAGCGGCUACGAUUCGAAGCAGGAGACUUGUGUGAAGAUUUACGCCGUUGGUGUCAAAAAGAGCGAGCGCUCGGAAGAGGAAGAUGAUGAGGAGGUGCCCGAAUCAGAGGAGGGCUCCGAUACGGGAUCGGAUACGGGCUCCGAAAAUGCAUUUUCAAUUGGUCCGAAUUUCAUGGGAUUCCCGUUACGCAGCCACCGCAAUCACAAUUUUAUUGAUAUUGAGUCCUCCAGCGAUGACGAUAACGAUAGCGACUUGGAUGAUGGUGAUGAUGAUGACGAUGACGACAUUGAAAUCAUUUCUGAUGUCGACAAUUUCGACUUUGAAGGCGAUGGCAGCAGUGAUGAUUAAAACUCCAGUUCAGACCAGUCCUGCCAACUGUCCUACCUUAUCCUCUGCUGCAUUGGUUAAUGAGCUCGAGGACUUAUGUGUGCCAGUCCAUCUAAUCCUUAUUUUUCAGCACGUCGCAGAUUGGAACUCAGCUCUUCU